ACCAUCUCCAUAACUUUCCUACUUCACUUCCCAUUUUCAACACACAACAUUUAUGCCUUCCCUAUUCAUUAUUUACUCUCCUACAUUAUGCUAUGACUAUUUAACCGUUGGACCACUUUUUAUCAGCGCAGGUUCGAACUCGCGACAUUUCACUUAUUCAUCUUUAAAAACGUGAAAUUUUAGCCACUAUUCUAUUUGACAAAAAAUGAUAUAAGUUAUUUUUUUAACUAUAUAACAGUACAAUACUGGUUUAAUAGUCUUUGUAUAUAUAAAUGCCAACAUGUUGUAACAGUUAUUAUUAUUAACUUCUAUAGUUUCAGUUUCUCUCAAACAUUGUUUUUCUUAUAACUCCUUCUACCAUGUUGUGGUUCUGAAAUCUCAUGGCAUGUUUAGAAAUGUACAACUCAGAGCACAAAGGUCAUCAUCAUCAUAAUCAAUAUCAUAAUCACAGCUUAUCAGUGAGUCCAAGAAUCUCAUUCUCAAAUGAUUUUGUAGACACCAAACAAGCUUCAAACCAAGAAAAAACCAUUACUAGAUCAGAUGGACCAGUUUCAACUGACUUUGAGUUUUCUGUUUCAAACUACUCAAUGAUGAGUGCUGAUGAACUUUUCUCCAAAGGAAGAUUGUUACCUUUUAAGGAUAGUAACAAGAAGAUUACUACUCUGAGGGAGGAACUACUUGUAGAUGAUGAUGAAGUUUGUGAGAGACAAGGUUUUUCUCUUAGGCCUCCAAAAGGGUCUUCUUCUACAACAAGGUGGAAAGGGUUUUUGGGUUUGAGAAAAAGUCACAUUGGUUCUAAGAAAGUUGAAAAGAGUGAAAGUGUUGAAUCAAGAAGAUCUGGUUUGGUCAAUGACAGUGCAAGGCUUAACAUUACAACUUCACAGGAGAUUUUGAUUGAAGAAGGGUCAAAUUGCAGUGACUUUGAGUUUGGAAUAUAGAUCAAGUAAUUGAAUUUGUAGAGGAAGUGUUGUUGGGUUGAUGGUGGAAAUUAGAUUAAGGAUUUUUUUCUUUCUUUUAGUUCCCACAUUUUUGUCCUUCAGCUAUUCGGAUUAAUCAAGGUUGAAUUUAUGUUAUAAUGUUUGUUAUUAAUUGUGAGUUACUAUGGUUCUUCUACUAUCAAGGUUAAAUAUAAUGAAAUGCUUAAUUAGAAUGAUAAA